UGAGCCAUGAUUCAUAAGUUAUCCUCUAUUUUCCAAGCUGAGCGCGUCACUGUUUGUAUUUUAGUUCAUUAGCUGAUGUGUGUUGGUGUUAAACGUUUUAUUAUAACUGAUCUGAGCUCGGUCUUUUUGCAAGUAUGACGUUUAAGGUAAGAAGGAUCUGACCCCAGAUCAGAAGUGGAACUGCUUGCGAAAAAGGAAGUUCAGUACACAUAUGUGUUUCUCCACGCAGCUGGACGGAGACUGAGCAAUUACAAGGACGAACGAGCAUUUUCAACAAGUUAAGAACCCACAAAAGGAAGGAUGUCGUGCCUCAAGUGUUUAAAAUACACCAUGUGUGCAGUGAACUUCAUCUUUUUUCUUUGUGGAGCUGCGAUAUUUGGCUUGGGGAUAUACAUGAGCACCACGUCCAAGUACUUGCCCCUCUUCCCGUCAUUCUCAGUCGUGAACUUGGCCAGUGCGCUCUUCGUCAUCGGUAUAUUCGUCACCUGUGUGUCUUUUUUGGGUUUCCUGGGGGCACUUAAGGAAAACCGCUGCCUAUUGAUGUCUUUUUUCAGUCUCUUGUUCCUGCUGAUGUUGUCCGAACUAGCUGUGGCCUGCCUCCUGCUCUUGUACGAGCAUGAAAUUGACAAAUUCAUACAAGAUGAACUAAAGGCCAGCCUAAAUCAGACCCUGGCAGGAGAAACAAUUAAUUCAACCAUUGACUGGGAAAUCAUUCAGAAAACUUUUAAGUGCUGUGGUGUAAACAACUACACGGAUUGGAACCCCAAAAUACCAGGGGCGUGUUGUGAAACACCGCCAUGCCAAGGCAAAGCCUGGACUACAGGCUGCUAUUCAAAACUGAAGCAGUGGUUUGAAAGCAAUCUGCUAGGAACCGGGAUCGGGGUCAUCAUCGUAUGCAGCAUUGAGGUUUUGGCUAUGUGCUUCUCCAUGACUCUGUUCUGCCACAUCACCAAAUCCGGACUUGGCUACAAGUGAUCGGCCUCCUCAGUUUUCCUGCAGCGCAGAAGAGAGGAAGAGAAUGGAUAAGGAAGCUUGUGACCAAUCAUACUAUUAUACUUUUACAAUUUCAUCUUUAAACUUAGUGACACUCGUCUAGAUUGUGACUCCGACAUAAUUGAACGUGAUGCAUUUGUACAGGGACACAUCUUGUGAAUUUUUCCGUCAUAUCUAAAAGCCAUUUCUUUAUCUUUUUCAUCUUUAUAAGGUUUUAUGUACAGGAAAUGCAUAUAUGACUAAAUAUAUGGAUAAAUGCUUAACUAUAAUAAAAGAAUUUUGUCUUUAAUCUUUUCGUAAAAUAUAGUAUUAGUGCAAUAUCAGGCUGGACCAAAGUUGAUGUUGAUUUUGUUUAAUAAAAUGUCACGUUUUAUUAAACUUUUGAAUCAUUAUUGUCCUUUUAAAUGAACUUCACUAUCUUUAAAUGACAAAUUGACAUUAGCUCAUGUAGUUUCAACAAAAGCACUUUUUAUUUAGCAGUUUCCAUGCUAACUUUAACUUCGCAAAAUAUUUUGGUGUAGAAACCCCCUUGCAUGACCAAAAGUCCCCCCCCCCCCCACCCACGCAUUGACUUGAAAGAGUAGAAAUCUCUUUUUUCACCCACAUUCACCAAACUGACUUCUUUUUAUGAAGCUGUGUAACUGAGAACCUUUUUUUAUUGAAAAAUCCAUUCUCAUUUAUUUUUACCAGUUUAUUUCAUUUACUCUUAAUAACCAUAAACGUUGCUGUACAUAGCUACACCUUGUUUAAAUGUAGAUUCUUAAAUUCAACUUAUUUGUGUUCUUUUCUUGCAUUGUGUCAUGUUGCUGUACUAACUACUGCAUCUUGUGACUUUCUGUUUGCAAAAAAUAAACGUUUGGGGUAAAAGUAAAA